CUAUAUAUGGGACAGGUAUAAUCACCAUGGCCUGGGGGAUCACUGCGGUAUUUUCCGUAUCGUUUCAGUGUCCGUCACCAAGGAGGUGGGAUGUGAUUAACGAAAAGUGCAUAAACAUCCAGUCUAUGAAAACAUACAACGCCGUGAUGAAUAUUCUGACCGACGCCGCCUUGUUGAUAAUCCCGUCAAUAAUUAUCCUGAGUGUGCAGGCUUCCUCUGAAGUCCGUAUGAAAAUUCUUGUGGGCUUCUUGUUCCGUGGCUUCGUCAUCAUAGCAACGAUUAUACAGAUUAUCUACAUUCAGCAUCUUGUUAUCGAUGGCUAUUUCAUACACAAUGUCUGGCAGGUCGUGAUCUGGAACGAAGUUGUGCAGACAGCUAGUAUUAUGACUGCCUGUAUUCCAUUUUUGAAGCCGUUCCUUCUGAGUCUAGAGUCGGGGUUCCUUCGCGCUGAUGAUAUGAAUCGACGAACAGCUGUAGGUAUUGGGUCUGAGAAUAUUUCUUCCGGGUGGGCGUUGAGGUACAUUAAGAUGAGAAGUUAGCCAGUUCGUAGUAGGUCAAUUGAACUGUGCUGUCUACGUAAUUGAUUUAAAUAUUUCGAUAGGUAUCAAAAGAAUAAAAGCA